CCCUCUAGCGAUAAGUAGAAGAAUCCCAGUCAAUAUCCAAACAAGAUGGCUGCGCGCAUGGGAUUUUGAUCGCCGGAAAGACUUUUCUUUUGAUGUGCUCAGGUACAAUUUUCCAUGUUGACAAGGUUUAAACCUGCAGUCACGAUAUCAUCAACCAAACUUUUCUCCCAGAACCUGAGUGGGUGUGCUAGUCUUCUCAAACCAGGACUCAAGAAGUUACUGUACAAGAGGAAUAUCCCUGGCAAUUCAUUUUCAGGAAGUAUGGCUACUAAGACAGAGCAAACAUCACAAAGAACUAGCACUGAACCUCCCUCUGACUCCAAUGGUACAGGCCAAAGUGACCACACCACAGCCAGUCCUUCAGACUAUACCAUUGUAAAAGAAGGGAAGGCAGAAAUCCUGUUUCCCAACAAGAAUAAGGUGUUUUACAAUCCUGUACAAGAGUUCAACAGGGACCUAACUGUUGCAGUUAUCAGCUUAUUUGCUGAAGAACAACUGAAGAAGAAAGGACUAUCUGUGGGUGGAAUAGGUUUGGAACAGUCAGACAAAGAAACAACGACAGACGACCUCCCAACAGUGGACCAGGACCCUACACACAUGGUACAAGCAGGGGACAAAUGUCAGGACGGCCUUACUGUUCUGGAAGCCUUGUCGGCGACUGGUCUCCGUGCUAUCAGGUUCGCCAAGGAAGUUCCGGGGAUCCGGGAGAUCGUGGCCAAUGACUUGUCACGAGAAGCCGUCAGCUCCAUCCAGAAGAACAUCACGCAUAACGGCGUGGACGACUUGGUUGUGGCUAACCAUGCAGAUGCCAGUGCCUUCAUGUAUGAACACCGCGGGAAGCAGGUCAAGUUUGAUGUGAUUGACCUUGACCCCUACGGCAGCCCGUCAGCAUUUCUAGACAGCGCUGUGCAGUCAGUCAAGGACGGAGGUUUACUGUGUAUCACAUGUACUGAUGCUGCUGUCAUGUGUGGGAACGGCUCUGAGACCUGUUGGACCAAGUACGGCUCCAUGUCACUUCGAGCCAAGUACUGCCAUGAGAUGGCCCUGCGGAUUGUCCUGUCCUGUUUGGAUCGCCAUGCCAACCGCUAUCAUCGCUACAUCGUGCCUCAGCUCUCGCUGUUUGCUGACUUCUACUGCCGUGUGUUUGUGAGGGUGUACGUUAGCCAGGCACAGGCCAAGAGAUCUGCUAGUAAACAAGCCAUGGUGUACCAUUGUUCCGGCUGUGACACCUUCAACGUGCAGAGGAUUGGCAGAAUUGUGGAGAAAAAUCGCAGUGUGAAGUUCCACCCAGGCAACGGUCCUCCAGUGGGACCUGCGUGUGAGCACUGCAGCGCCACACAUCAGAUUGGAGGCCCCAUCUGGGCAGAGCCGCUCCAUGAUGCAGGGUUUGUCCAGAGACUGCUGAGCUCCGUGGAGAACUCCGCAGACAGGUUCAACACUGCCCAGAGGAUGGUGGGCAUGCUCAGUGUCGUGUCAGAGGAGUUGCCAGACUGCCCGAUGUUCUACUGCCUGGACAAACUGGCCAGUGUGGUCCGAGUCAACUGUCCACCUCUGCUGGCUGUCAGGUCUGCCAUCCUCCAUGCCGGGUACCAGGUGUCCCUGUCCCACACCUGUAAGACAGCUGUCAAGACAGAUGCACCUCCACAUGUCAUCUGGGACAUCAUGAGGGGCUGGGCCAAGCUGAACCCAGUAAACCCAAGCCGACUUUCAAGUGAUGCAGUAGCCUCUACUAUACUGGGCAAAGAACCAGGUAUUGAGGCCAACUUCACUAUUCGAGCAGACGCCAACCCUGCGUCUCGACAGAAAGGGCUGAAGAGGUUUCAGGAGAACCCUAAAUACUGGGGGCCCAAGGCCAGGGCUGGUCGAGGUGAGGAGGCUCAGGAAGACAGGAGGAAAAGAUUGCAGGGGAAACGACAGCAGGAACAGUUGGACCUGAAACAGUUCCCCUGUAAGAGGUUCAAACAGGGCCACUGUGAAUAUGGGGAUGAGUGCAGAUAUUCUCAUGAGCUUGGAGACCAGGAAAACACCACUUCCUCAACAGUAGAACAGGAAAAAGAAUGAGUUUCACGUUAAAAA